UGCCAUAUUCGUUAACUCUAACAGAAUCCAGGCAAAGAAGAUUGCAGAAAAAGAAGUGGAAAUGGAAGAAAAUACAUCAUGGGAAGAAAAAAAUACCACAGAAACUGAAAAUAACUUCAAAGAAGGAAAGACAUCAUGGGAAAAUCUGCGUCGUGUGGACUCCAUGAAUUUGGAGGCUGGAAGAUUGACUAUGUCUCACGCUCACCAUUCUGAUAAGGUUGAUUGGAGGAUUACCCUGAGUUUGGCAUUUCAGAGCAUUGGAGUGGUAUAUGGAGAUAUAGGAACCUCGCCACUUUAUGUAUAUGGAAGCACUUUCACCAAUGGUAUCGGUGUAAAAGAGGACAUUCUGGGGGUAUUAUCCCUUAUCAUUUACACAAUAAUACUACUGCCCUUGCUUAAGUACGUCUUCAUUGUGUUGCGGGCCAAUGACAAUGGCGACGGGGGAACAUUUGCACUCUAUUCAUUGCUAGCACGAUAUGCAAAAGUGAGCUUAAUUCCAAAUGAUCAGCCAGAGGACAGGCAACUUUCCAAUUACAGUCUUCAAAUCCCGUCCAAGCAGUUGAGCCGUGCUGAAAAUAUUAAAAAUAAACUCGAGAAUAGUAAAACUAUUCAACUCGUACUUUUCCUGAUUACCAUCCUGGGAACUUCCAUGGUCAUAGGAGACGGUAUUCUCACACCAUGCAUUUCAGUUCUUUCAGCAGUGGGCGGCAUCAAGUCACUUGGCCAAGAUGCUGUUGUGGGGAUUUCAAUAGCAAUCUUGGUUAUCCUCUUCUCUGUUCAACGAUUUGGAACCGACAAAGUAGGCUUGUCAUUCGCUCCAAUUAUUGUCUUGUGGUUUUUGUUCAUCAGCGUCAUAGGUCUCUACAAUUUGUUCAAAUAUGAUUUGAGUGUAUUAGGUGCUUUAAAUCCAAAAUAUAUGUUUGAUUACUUCAAAAGAAAUGGGAAGCAGGGAUGGAUUUCACUUGGUGGAGUUGUUCUAUGCGUUACUGGCGCUGAAGCUAUGUUCGCUGAUCUAGGCCACUUUAAUGUUAAAGCAAUCCAAAUUAGUUUUUCUGGCGUCGUGUUUCCUGCUUUACUAUGUGCUUAUGCUGGGCAAGCAGCAUAUCUUACCAAAUUCCCUGAGGAUGUGUCUGAUACGUUCUACAAAUCAAUACCAGGUCCACUAUAUUGGCCAACAUUUGUUGUUGCUGUAGCUGCUGCAAUUAUUGCCAGCCAAGCCAUGAUAUCAGGAGCAUUCACAAUCAUCUCUCAAUCAUUAAUUCUCGGUUGCUUUCCCAGGGUUAAGGUUGUUCACACUUCUGCUAAAUAUGAGGGUCAGGUUUACAUUCCUGAGGUCAACUACCUGCUCAUGAUUGCUUGUGUUCUUGUCUGCUGGGGAUUCAGGACUACAGAGAAGAUUGGAAAUGCAUAUGGAAUUGCUGUGGUUGCUGUUAUGGUGAUCACAACUUUUAUGGUUACGCUUAUAAUGCUUGUUGUAUGGAAGACAAGGGUAUGGUGGAUCGCUCUCUUCUUCGCCGGAUUUUUCUUUGUUGAGUGCACAUACCUGUCAUCUGUGUUGUACAAAUUCAAAGACGGGGGGUACCUUCCACUGGCAUUAUCAUUUUUCCUUAUGAUAGUUAUGGGAAUAUGGCAUUAUGUACACAAAGAAAGGUACAUGUAUGAUCUUAAGAACAAGGUUUCCAGUGAAUACAUUAGACAAAUGGCUGCAAACCCGGCUAUAAACAGGAUUCCAGGGAUGGGACUUCUGUACUCCGAACUCGUACAAGGCAUUCCUCCAAUUUUCCCCCACUUCAUUGCCAACGUACCAUCCAUACAUUCAGUUCUAGUGUUUGUUUCAAUUAAGUCGAUUCCAAUUAGUAAAGUAGCAUUGGAGGAGCGGUUCCUGUUCCGACAAGUUGAGCCAAGAGAGUACAGAAUGUUCAGGUGUGUUGUCAGGUAUGGAUAUAAAGACGCAAUCGAAGAGCCCCAAGUUUUUGAGCGCCAGUUGGUUGAAGGCUUGAAGGAAUUCAUCCGCCAUGAACACUUCAUUCGCGAAGGAGGGGACACUGAAUCAGUGGCUGAACAAGGAAACACCACGGGUUCCGCUCAACUAGCGAAAGACGGGAAACCAGGAGAAGCAGAAAUGCAAUUUGUGCAUAAGGCAAUGGAGAAAGGCGUAGUUUAUCUGCUGGGAGAAGCAGAAGUGGUGGCAGAACCCAGUUCAUCCUUGCUGAAAAAGUUUGUUGUCAAUCAUGCGUAUGCUUUCCUAAGGAAUAACUCUAGACAAGGACAAAAAGUUUUAGAAAUCCCAAAAACUAGAAUUCUCAAGGUUGGAAUGACAUAUGAGAUAUGAUAUCAAAGGCUGUAAAUUAUGUGUGAUUUACUUCUGUUACAGCUGAAAACAAAUUGUGGGAUUUGCUUUAUCAUAUGAUGAAAAUUUAUAUUAAUUAGUUGCAUUAAAAUCAUAUUAUCAAGUAAUCAAUUUGUUCUUUCAAAAAAGAAAGUACUAAAUUUGUUCCUACAAGGUGAUGUUCCUUUCCUGAACUAAACUUUAAUAGGUAAUUUUGGGAUAUGCUACUCUAUUUCAUGCAAGAUAAAGAUAAAAGAUGGUUGCAAAUAUAUGCAAUUUAUAGAUUGGAAAGUUUGGCAUUUGCCGUAAAGGGUUGGAACUGUUAAUGCAAAGAAGGAAGAGUGCAGAAGAUGUGUAGCAAGAUACAAGAAUUCUAGUGUCUGAACCCUUGCUCAAGUUCAUAAAACCUGACGAGCACCAAGCUGUUAAUGGCCAAGAUUCAAGAUAGAACGAGAAGAUAAAAAGAUGAGAAGAGAUUCAGAAGAAGCAGAAGAAAUUAUCUAGAGAGAGCGAAAGAGAAUUAUAUAUAGUUAACAAAAGAAUUGUACUUCUGUUAUUGCUUCAAUGAAUAUUCUACAUCUAACUGAUUCCUUUUGUGCA